CAAACUCCAACUCCUCAUCAGUAUCACUCCCUCUCAGAUCUCACAUUCCAUCUACUAUUUCCUUGUCCAUCUCAUCCCUUCUCAUCCAUUCAUCUCAUCCUGACCCAUCUUCUCCCCUCCCACUCAAAAAUGAGCCCCCAAAAAUGCCCCAUAAUCCUCCUAGACGGCGGCCUAGGAACCCUCCUCACCUCCCCACCACACUUGCAGACCUUCAACCACUCCACGCCCCUCUGGUCCUCCCACCUUCUCCUCUCCUCGCCCUCCACGCUCCUAUCCGCACAAUCAUCCUUCGCUACCUCCGGCGCCGACGUCCUCCUCACAGCCACGUACCAAGUGUCCUUUGAAGGUUUCGCUAACACGGCUCCCGGCUACGCAGCCAAGGACGCUGAACGCUAUAUGCGGAGCGCGGUUGGGAUUGCGAGGCAGGCUUUGAGUGAAGGGAGAGGGAAGGGGAUGGGAAAGCUAGCGCUCAGUCUUGGCGCGUAUGGAGCGACUAUGGUUCCUAGUUCUGAGUAUAGUGGGGUGUAUGAUAGUUCUCAUUCUAGCAUUACGCAGCUAAGGGAUUGGCAUUUUAAGCGCCUUGAGGUUUUUCUCCCAUUAAAAGAGGAGGAGGAGGAGAGGAGAGAGUGUUGGCGAAAUGUGGAUUUAUUGGCUUUCGAGACGGUGCCGAGGAUAGAUGAGGUGUUUGCUGUGAGGGAGGCUGUUUUUAUGUCGAUGGGGAGGGCAGAGGAGAGGCCGUUUUGGAUUAGUUGUGUGUUUCCGGGGGAGGAGAAUAGGUUGCCGGAUGGGUCGAGUCUUAGAGAGGUUGUCAGGGCAAUGUUGGGGAGGAGAGAGGGGGCUAGUAGGCCGAUGGGGGUGGGGCUUAAUUGCACGAAGGUCGGGAAGGUGGACGGCUUAGUAAGGGAGUUUGAAGAUGCGCUCAAGGACUUAGGAGAGGAUGGGAGAGGGGUUAGUUUAGUGAUUUAUCCGGAUGGGACGAGGGUUGGGGAGAGGUAUAAUACGGUGACGCAGAGGUGGGAGGUUGAUGAGGAAGCGAGAAAGGGAGGACAAGAGAAGGAGUGGGAUGAGGAAGUUUUUGGGAUUGUGAUAAGGGCUAGGGAGAGGGGUGUUUGGGAGAGUAUUUAUGUAGGGGGGUGUUGUAGAGUUGGGCCUGAGGAGAUUGGGAAGUUAAGAAAGAGGGUAGAUAAGGUGAUAAAUUGAGAAGUCGUUAGUGAAG